AUGGUGUCAACGACGGAGAAUAGCGAGAGUGGUCUCACAACAAGGGCGUCAGCUGGGCCCCCAACACUCAGCCGGCCGCGGAUGCUAGUCGUGAUCAUCUGCCUCUUUCUAUCAUUAUUCACGGCGGCUCUUGAUUUUACAAUCACCAGUCCCGCCAUUCCCACUAUCGUCGCAGACUUCCGAUCGGGUUCAGGCUACACCUGGAUCGGCUCUGCCUAUCUCUUGGCAAAUGCAACUUCCAGUCCAGUAUGGGGGAAGCUGAGCGAUAUCUGGGGACGCAAAGCAAUGCUGCUUACUGCGGUCGCGGUCUUUUUUAUCGGUUCUCUCCUCUGUGCAGUAUCAAUCAAUAUGCCGAUGUUUCUCAGUGGCCGUGCGAUCCAAGGAAGCGGAUCCGGAGGCGUCGUUAUCCUCGUCAAUAUCUGCAUCACAGAUAUGUUUGAUAUAAGACGCAGGAGCAUGUACCUGGGACUAACCAGUGUGGUCUGGGCACUGGCCAGUGGUAUCGGUCCGGUCCUAGGCGGAGUGUUCACUCAACUCGUCUCAUGGAGGUGGAAUUGGUGGAUCAACCUGCCUUGCAGUGCAUUGGCGUUUGUCAUGCUGAUCUGGCUUCUCAACGUUGACGCUGGAGCAAACCGACUAUCCUUCCGAUCUGGCCUGAAAGACUUGACUGGCUUGGAAUUGUCACCAUUUUAG